GUUGCUAACAGCUCCAGGGGGCGGAGAAUUCUGCUUGUUUUGUUAACUGUGGUUUUCUCCAACACUCAGUUCAAACCGGAACCAGGCAAGGUCUCACCUCGUCUCCCGGUCACUUCCCUGCUUGUUUGUUUCUUCCUAACUCUCAAGUGUCUUUCGCCCAGUUCAUCCCCACCCCAGCAGCCCAAGGCUGGGAGGGGACGGUCAGGGUUCGAAGCCUGCAGCUACAUUUAGAGGUUAUUCAGGCUUUGCUGGGAGGUCUCCCUUUACUCAGAAGAGCCGCGGGUAAGCUGGGCGGUAGCCUAGGUUGCAGACUGAGGAUUUGGACCUUGGCUUCCAAGAAAACCCCCAAAACGAGGAGCUGAGCUUCGCGUCAGUCGUUAAUGAGCAGGCGCUUCUGGGCGGAACUUUUAAGGGCCCUCCCCGUCUCGCCCCACCCCCGUCCCGUUUCGCUCAGCCCUCGACCCGUCUCGCCCCGCCCCUGAUCCGCCCGGCUGCGGAGGCGCGGGGCGCCCCCGGGUGGCCGCGAGCGGUGUUGCUCCUGGCGGGUGGAGGCUGCGGCGGCUGCGGCGGCUGCGGCGGCAGCGGCGGAAGGGGAAGCGCUGAAGUGGCUGGGCCCACAGUCAUGGCGGAACCGGUGCAGGAGGAGCUCUCGGCCCUGGCCGCGAUUUUCUGCGGGCCCCACGAGUGGGAGGUGCUGAGCCGCUCAGAGACAGAUGGGACCAUGUUCAGAAUUCACACAAAAGCUGAAGGAUUUAUGGAUGCGGAUAUACCUCUGGAACUGGUGUUCCAUUUGCCUGUCAAUUAUCCUUCAUGUCUACCUCGUAUCUCGGUUAACUCUGAACAGUUGACCAGGGCCCAGUGUGUGACUGUGAAAGAGAAGUUACUUGAGCAAGCAGAGAGCCUUUUGUCAGAGCCUAUGGUUCAUGAGCUGGUUCUCUGGAUUCAGCAGAAUCUCAGGCAUAUCCUCAACCAACUGGAAACUGGAAGUGGCAAUGCAAAAUGUACUUUUUCAACAAGUACGACUGUGGAUGAUGGAUUGUGGAUAACUCUUUUACAUUUAGAUCACAUGAGAGCAAAGACUAAAUAUGUCAAAACUGUGGAGAAGUGGGCUUCAGAUUUAAGACUGACAGGAAGACUGAUGUUCAUGGGUAAAAUGAUACUGAUUUUACUACAAGGAGACAGAAGCAACCUCAAGGAGUACCUGACUCUUCAGAAAACCUCCAAAGUAGAUGUGGACUCAAGUGGAAAGAAAUGCAAAGAGAAAAUGAUUAGUGUACUGUUUGAAACAAAAGUACAGACAGAACACAAAAGGUUUCUGGCAUUUGAAGUCAAAGAGUAUUCAGCGUUGGAUGAAUUACAAAAGGAAUUUGAAACUGCAGGACUUAAGAAGCUUUUCUCUGAAUUUGUACUUGCACUGGUAAAAUGAAAUGGAAGACAGGAAUCUAUUAGUAAAAUAGCAGUGUUUUUUGUUGUUUUUGCAUUGGAUUUUGGGAGUGAUUAAUUGAAAUAGUCACUAGGGAGUAAUUUUAAAGUUUCUCUGAAGUAAAAUGAUAGGCAUCAUCCUAACUUCAGGAACAAAGGCCAGUUGUUUUAUGAAAUAUUAAACAUGAAGAAAACUUGUAUAUUAUAAUGCUUCCAGGAGAGGCUAGGUUCAGUAGAUGAGACAUUAUUUAAAAGAUAAAUUUUAAAAGAUGGUAAAUGAACACUUGUUUUUAUAGACAAAAUUUGUUUGGAACUAUGCAGUUUUCUGGCUAAUUUUCUUGUAAUUAAAUGAAUUUUUA